CUUCCCUCAGGAUCAGGCGGGGAUAGGAUGGCUUUGCGGUUGCCUCUUCUCCGCCGGCCGGGCUCCCUCCGUAAGCUGAGCCUGCGGUGGCAGCACCGUGUCUCUGUCAAGGUGGUCAAUGAACCCAUAUUGGCCUUCAAACCUGGGAGCCCUGAGCGAGCCGCCCUCCAGCAGGCUUUAAAUGACUUGAGGGGCAAGACCGAAGAUAUUCCGUGUGUCGUUGGGGGCGAGAAAGUUUGGACAGCCGAUGUGAGAUAUCAAGUGUCGCCCUUUAAACAUUUACACCAAGUGGCCAGAUACUGCUACGCUGAUAAGGACUUGUUGAAUAAGGCCAUUGUCUCCGCUUUGAGUGCCCGGAAGGAAUGGGACCUACGACCCAUCCAGGACCGUGCGGAGAUCUUCUUCAAAGCCGCCGACAUCCUGAGCGGGCCCAGAAGGGCAGAGAUCUUAGCCAAGACCAUGGUCGGACAGGCUAAAACAGUCAUCCAAGCAGAAAUCGAUGCGGCCGCAGAGCUGGCUGACUUUUUCCGCUUCAACGCUAAAUACGCCCUGGAGCUGGAAGGGGAGCAGCCCAUCAGCGCCCCGCCCAGCACCAACAGCCUGGUGUAUCGGGGACUGGAGGGCUUUGUGGCUGCGAUCUCCCCCUUCAACUUCACCGCCAUCGGAGGGAACUUGGCAGGAGCCCCAGCACUGAUGGGCAACGUGGUCCUUUGGAAACCCAGCGACUCGGCCAUGCUGUCCAGUUACGGCGUCUACCAGAUCCUCCUGGAAGCCGGCCUGCCUCCCGGUGUCAUCCAGUUUGUCCCAGCAGAGGGCACCACAUUCGGGGACACCGUGACCGGCUCGGAGCACUUGGCUGGCAUCAACUUCACUGGCAGUGUCCCAAUGCGGAGGGAAGAAUUUCCACUUUGUCCAUGCCUCGGCUGAUGUGCCCAGCGUAGUGAGCGGGACGGUCCGCUCAGCCUUUGAGUACGGCGGCCAGAAGUGCUCGGCUUGUUCCCGCCUCUACGUGCCAGACUCUCUGUGGCCUCGCGUCAAAGCCGGGCUGCUGGAGGAGCAUCAGAAGAUCAAAGUGGGAGACCCAGCUGAAGAUUUCGGAACAUUCUUCUCCGCCGUGAUUGAUAGCAAGGCAUUCGGACGGAUCAAGAAAUGGAUCAAGCAUGCCGAAUCCUCACCCAAUCUAAACAUCCUAGCCGGAGGCGGCUGCGACGAUGCAGUGGGCUAUUUUAUCCAGCCAUGCAUUGUUGAGACAAAAGACCCCAAGGAUCCCAUCAUGCAAGAGGAAAUCUUUGGGCCAGUUCUGUCGGUGUACGUCUAUCCAGAGAAACAAUACAAAGAUAUUCUCCACCUGAUUGACAGCACUUCUCCAUAUGGCCUCACAGGGGCAGUGUUUGCCCAGGAUAAGGCCGUCGUUGAUGAAGCCACCAAACUCCUAAGGAACGCGGCCGGGAAUUUCUACAUCAAUGACAAGUCCACCGGUGCGGUGGUGGCCCAGCAGCCGUUUGGGGGCUCUCGCGCCUCAGGAACCAAUGACAAGCCAGGCAGCGCUCAUUACAUCCUGCGCUGGACAUCUCCCCAGGCCAUCAAGGAGACCCACGAGCCGUUGGGGGACUGGAAGUACCCUUACAUGCAGUGACCCGGCUUUUGGGGCCUUUGCAGACCGGAUGGUGACCGUUGGUGUGAAUGGGCUGUGUUUCUCUCCGGCGGCCUUCCUUGCCGAUCUCUCCUAAGGCACAAAUUACAAGGAGUGUAUUGAUUUCCUUCUCUAUCACUUGGACCUCUUUGGAGAAUUAAAAAAUAAUAAUCACAUCCUGCUGAAAAAUCAAAAUUUAUCCCUCCACUUCAGUGCUGCCGUGUUUGUUAAUUUCUCCAGAGAGGCUUUGCUGCUGAACCUUCGGAAAUGCGCAUUCUUCAUCUUUUGUAUCCGUUUCUGAUUUUUUAAAAAAUUGCCACCUCCCCUGGAGGGGAGAAGCGACUUGGGCUUAAAAGCAACCUGCUGCAUCUCUUUUUGUUAAAGAAAUGGAGGAACAGCCAGGAAGAAAGCACAUCCAGAGAAAUUGUGCGCAUUGUCUCAACAUGUAGGAAAAGCAGAAUUAAACUCCCUAUAAACUUGUUCUUGCGCAUCCGAAGGAACAUGGGCUGGGAUUUUUGGCUGAAAAGUUUCGCUUGUGUGUCGACAGCCCCCCCUCCAGAGGGGACGCUGCUUCUUUUAAAAAAAGAUCUAUUUUUGUAAAAAAAUUGUACACUCAAAUCGGGGACAAGUAAUGCUUUUUAAAGGGGGACUUUUGGUAGCUUGCCAACUAAGCAAGGCUAAUUCUCUUAAAAUCAAGGGACGGAAGAGUAACAAUUGAAUGUAUGAAAAUGAUUGAUUGCUGAAAGACUGAGGAGCCACUAAUUUGCAGUACCUUAAAGGGCAUAAAGCUUAUUAAAAAAAAAUCUCCACCA